AUGAUUCCCGCGACUCUCGCUCUCGGCUUCCUCGGGGCCGGCUCCCACGCGCGUGUGCGGCACCGACGCGGCGCCCGGGCCAGUCUCCGGUUCCCGCACCCCUGUCGCGGGCGCCGGGGGUCGCCGUGCGGGCCCCCAAUCCUUCUCCGCGCUCCUCCCCCGUCCCCGCCCUCCGCGGGCGCCUCCGCCCCACGCCGCGCCUCCUCCCUGUCACCCGCCGGCCGCCUGACAAAUCACUUCAAGGGCAGCCGAACUUUGAAGGACAAAACAAAGCUCGGCAUAUGGUCCGGUCCCCAGAUGUUUGUCUUUUCCUCCACGCCCCCCACCCCCGCCGCCACCCCUUCCCGGGGCUCGCCUGGAGCCCGGCCCCGCCAGCCCCGCGCCCCCCACCGCCAGCCGAGCGCGCGGGGCCGGGGCCAGGGGCCGCUCUGCGCCUUUUGUUCCCCCGGCCCCCGCUUUUCUGCUGAUCAGUGGAAGGGGAGGCUUUCCCCAUCCCGGUGGUUCAUAGGGAGCUCCGCAAUUAAAGGCAGUGUCGCGGUCGGUGCCACGACGUGGGGCUGCGGAGAGGGCCCCGCGCGGCUGUCGGGUUGGCGUGAGGACGCCUGGUCCCCCAGGGGCAGGCGCUCCGGGCCCCCCGACACAGCAGGGACCUGCCCGGGCGGCCGCUGCGUCCACCCCGGAGCUCCCGGGCACCUCCAGGCCGCCGGCCGCGGCGCUGAGCGUCGUCUCUGGGGUCCUGGGGGAGACACGCCCCGUUGGCACCGGAGUGCGGGGGCCGCGUCCUGGGCGCUCGGUGCGCGCCGCGGGGCCGGGCCGGGGUCGGCGCAGCUUCCCCCUCCCGGGAGAGUCUCGGGGGCUCCUGCCGCCUCGGCGAGCAGCCUCAGCACCCCCCGCCCCCCGCAUUUCCAACCAAACUUCCCCCCAACCGCACUGGCGACCGACCCAGAAGACUCCGAGUUCCGGGAUCGCGCCCCUCCGGUCCCCCCGGCUCCCGGACGAAGGAAUUGCCAACCGCCCCUUGUGAACGGGAUCUCGGCCACCAGUCGGGACCGGGGGCCGCGCUCGAGUCGCAGCACCCCGAACCCAGAGGCCCCUAACCCACUUUUGGGCCACAGGGUUCGGUCGGCGAGGGCUCGAGCCGCGGAGCAGACACAAUGA